AUGAACCUGUUCGGGCGCAAGUCGGCGGCGCCCGCGCGCACGGGGCCCGUGGCGACGGCCGAGACGAUCCGCAAGCUGCGCGAGCAGCUGGAGUCGCUGGAGAAGCGCGAGCUGCACAUCGUGAAGAAGAUCGCGCUGCAGCUGCAGGAGGCCAAGCAGAAGAGCGCCGCCAAGGACAAGCGCGGCGCCAUCUUCGCGCUCAAGCGCAAGAAGAUGUACGAGGCCGAGGUGGAGAAGCUGCAGGGUGCGCGCAUGACGCUGGAAACGCAGGUCAUGACGCUCGAGAGCGCGCACGUCAACAUGGAGACGUUCACGGCGCUGCGCUCGGGCGCCGAGCAGAUGAAGGCCAUCCACGGCCAGAUGAACGUGGACAAGGUGGACAACAUCAUGGACGACAUCCAGGAGGAGAUGGCCACGGCGGACGAGAUCGGCCGCGCCAUCUCGCAGCCGCUGGGCUCGCAGCUCUACGACGACGACGAGCUCGAGGACGAGCUGCGCGAGAUGGAGGAGCUCGAGCUCGAGGAGAAGACGCUGGAGCCCAUCGCCGUCACGCCCGCAGAAGCUGCGGUGGCCGCGGCCAGAGCUCCGCCCGCGCCUGUUGCAGCAGCAACUGCAGCGGCCGCCGCCGCUGCGCCUUCGGCCCCGCUCGCUCCUUUAGCGCAGUAUAAUUUGCCGGACGUGCCAACACACACCGUGGAAUCCAACAUCAACGUGGUGGGCAACGCGGACGAAGACGAGCUGGAGGCGCUGCGGAAGCUGGAGGCGUCCAUGGCGUUGUAG